UAUACUAAUAAUAUACUGUUUAAGGUGACAUCUAUAUAAGACGUCAGUUUCAUUCAGAAUUCCAAUCAUAACUAUUACAUUAUCGACAGUCGAAAAGAAAUAUAAACGCCAUGGGACAUAGAAUGUUGCUGAUUCUUCUUAUUGGAUGGGUUUGUCACGUGACAAUAGCAAUUGAUGAUAUAGAAUAUCUCAAGAAAUAUGGUUAUCUGUCUCCAAAUCGAGUUAAAUUUGGCGACAUGGAAGUGACGCAAGCCAUCAAGAAUUUUCAGCGAAUGACUAAUUUAAAGGUCACGGGGUUAAUGGAUGAAAGAACGAAGGCAGGAAUGCAAAUGCCUCGUUGUGGUGUCGAAGACAUGAUUGGUUCAGACACGGAUGAGAAUGCCGUGGAAACUAACUUUGUGCCGACGAUAACGAAGAGAUACGAUUUAGCAGGAUCCAAGUGGAAGAAAACUGACUUGACAUUCAGGUUUCUGGGAUACACAUACGAUAUGGAUAAACAGCAACAGAGAGCAGCCAUAUAUGAAGCAUUUAAACGAUGGAGUGACGUCACACCUCUAACGUUCAAAGAAGUUACAAGCGAUGAGGCUGACAUAUAUAUCGAAUUCGCCACUCGUAUCCACAGCGACGGUCCCUUGGCUGCAUUUGAUGGCCCAGGUGGAACAUUGGCACAUGCUUACUUCCCAGAACACGGGGACAUGCAUUUUGAUGACGAUGAAUAUUUCACAAGAUUCAGUAAAGAUGGCAUAAAUCUAGACGGCACGGCGCUUCACGAACUUGGGCACAGUUUGGGUUUAAGCCAUUCAAACAACAAACAAGCUGUUAUGUACCCGAUAUACCGAAAAUACGAAUACUACCCAAACCUACAGCUUUCCCAGGAUGAUAUUAUGGGAAUUCAAGCUCUCUAUGGUCAGUAUUCCAGUAAUUAUUGGUGGCUGACAUGUUCUUUCACUCAAGCAGGGGCGUGUCUGGUAAUUCUGUGGGCGAUGCAGAAAACAACAAUGCACAGGAAGAAGACCGUGAUGGUGACGAUGGUGGUCGUCGUCGUGACGGCGGUAACGGACGGUCAUGGUGGUGGUCGAGGGGGUGGUGGUGGUGGUGGAAUUAUGCCUGAUCUACCUCCGUCGGACCCCGGGGCUCCUGAUUUAUGCACUAGUAAUUUCGACGCUGUAUUGACAGAUACCAACGAAGACACAUUUGCAAUCAAGGGAAAAUAUAUAUGGAAACUUGACGGUGGGGGUAUUGCGGAUGGCUACCCAAAGAAACUGUAUGCUGAAUUUUACGGUAUACCGAGCAAUAUCAAUGCGGGGUUUACGUCGCAUUGGACUGGCAGAACUUAUUUUUUCAAAGGUGAUCGAAUAUGGCGCUUUGAAGGACAUGGACUGGAAACCGGUUACCCAAUGAGUAUUAGAGGCAGCGGCCUUCCACGCAAUCCGGACGCUGCGCUCGUCUGGGAUGGAGAUGGGAAGAUUUACGUGUUCAAAGGGUCUCACUACUACGUGUGGAGUGAAUAUUCUGAACGUGUUAUUCGAGGGGGUGUCCGCCCAAUUCGUAAACACUGGGCAGGCAUUCCCAACAAAAUCGACGCUGCUUUCACGUGGACUGAUGGUAGUACGUAUUUCUUCAAAGGCGAUAAGUACUGGCGUUUUAAUAACACACAAAUGAGAGUAGAUCAGGGUUAUCCUAAAUCUAAAUCUGAAUACUGGUUAAAUUGCAUGUAA